GGUAGAACAGUAUUUGAACUCCGCUAUAAUAGCAUGAAGAUCACACAAUUAAACUAAAAAUAUCAAACAUUCUCGACACAGACUGACUAUACAGCAGUGGGUUUUUGUCACAUUAUACUGAUGAAAAAAAAUAUUUUAGUUGUGAGGUCCCUAAGACUAAAAAUAGUUUAGUGACUCGAGAUUUUCUACCGACUACAGACACUAACUAUUGACGAGUACAGCUGCGUAUGGGCUUGGUCCGGAAUUUUGGUUGAAAAGUUGUUUUUGUUUUAUUUUUUAUUUUGUUGUGCAAUUUCCAUUGCAGAAUAUGUGUUCAAAUAGGUGUUUCGUUUUACUAGUCCUGUGCGUAAUCGACAAAUCACUUUCUAAAUUGUUUGAUUCCGAGGAAAUUGUACCUGUCAGGUUAAAUGGAAGAAGCAGUGGUCGUUUUUGGAAACGAAGUGAAGAACAGCCGAGAUUUAGACUCAGUGCCUUUGGCCGAGAUUUCACUUUGAAUUUAAAUCCGGAUAACAGUUUCUUAUCUACUACACUGACAAUUCAACGCAUCAAAGCAAACGAUCUCCACACUUUACGCAGCGCCUCAGGUGCCCAUGGCAGAGAAACUUCUGAGACUGAAACGGACUUUCACAACUUGAUAAACAAGACUGAAGAGAUGGAAAGACAUUUGAGAAGCUGUUUUUACUCGGGGACUGUGAACUCCAACCAAGAUUCUGUUGUUGCGGUCAGUCUCUGUUAUGGCAUCCUUGGAUCGUUUGUUACAGACGGGGAUGAGUAUUUAAUUGAGCCCAAAGUGCUCGGCUCAGGGAGAAGGGAGAGGUCCACUGAACAGUUACAUUGUAUCAAAAGGACGACACCCACAGAAGCACCACAUGACACUCAAACUGCAUUUGAUCAACUGAGUGAGGAGAGUCGUGUAAAAGCUGACAUGAACAGUUUUAUUCACGAUGAAAAAGAUCCCGAGAGACAAUUACGAGGGAAACGCUUUGUAUCAGCACCACGAUUUAUUGAGACGCUGGUGGUUGCAGACUCGUCCAUGACACAUUUCUAUGGAGAUGAGAUACAGCACUAUAUCCUGACCUUGGUCUCAAUGGCUGCCCAGCUUUACAAACAUCCCAGUAUCAAGAACUCUGUCCACAUGGUGGUGGUGAAGAUGGUGGUGGUGGAAGACGAGGAGGUUGGACCGUCACUCUCCAAUAACGGGGGAGUCGCUCUGCGCAAUUUCUGUGCCUGGCAACAACAGUUCAACCCAGCCAGCCAGAGGCAUCCUGAGCACUACGACACUGCUCUACUUUUCACCCGAGAGGAUAUUUGUGGACAUCAGAGUUGUGACACCCUAGGGGUUGCUGAUGUGGGAACUGCGUGCGAUCCAAAAAGGAGUUGCUCUGUCAUUGAGGACAAUGGACUUCAAGCAGCUUUCACUGCUGCCCAUGAACUUGGCCACGUGCUGAGUAUGCCACACGACGACUCCAAGAAUUGCGAGAGGAUGUUUGGGAAUCUGGGCGGCCAUCACAUGAUGGCCCCUCUGUUCAUUCACCUCAACAAAACCUUCCCCUGGUCCCCUUGCAGCGCUCUCUACAUCACAGAGUUCUUUGACAACGGACACGGCGACUGCCUCUUGGAUCCACCGGAGAGCAUCUUACCGUUACCCAGUGAACUCCCAGGCACCACAUACAGCCUCGACCGCCAGUGUCAGCAGAUGUUUGGGGAGGAGUUUGUGCACUGCCCCAACACCUCUGACAGUGAUGUCUGCAGCCAGCUGUGGUGCAGGGAGGAGGGCAAGCCCCACUGCACCACCAAUAAUGGCAGCCUUCACUGGGCGGAUGGCACCACGUGCGCCACCAACAGGAGCUGUCUGCACGGUGCAUGCAUGGCAGCCCACGAGGUCAUGCAGCCAAAGGUGGUUGUGGAUGGCGGCUGGGGUGCUUGGGGACCAUGGCAACAGUGCUCCAGGACAUGUGGAGGGGGUGUGGAGUUCUCCUACAGGGAGUGCACAGAUCCCGUGCCCCAGAAGGGCGGCAAGUACUGUGAGGGCCAGAGAGUCCAGUACCAAUCCUGCAACCCCCAGACGUGUGAGGAAAAUGGGAAGAGUUUUAGAGAGGAGCAGUGUGAGAAGUACAACAGCUUCAACUAUCUGGACAUUCUUGGGAACAUGAAGCAAUGGAUUCCAAAGUACGCUGGUGUGUCGCCCCGGGACAGAUGUAAACUCUUCUGCCGGGCCAAAGGCAGCAGUGAAUUCAAAGUCUUUGAAGCCAAGGUUAUCGACGGCACGACAUGUGGUCCCGACACUACGUCUCUCUGUGUACAAGGCCAAUGUGUCAAGGCGGGCUGUGACCAAGAGAUCGGCUCAAACAAGAGGCUUGACAAGUGUGGCUUGUGUGGUGGGGAUGGCCUCAGUUGCAGGAAGAUCACUGGUUCAUACAACAAAGUCACUUACGGAUACAGCGACAUUGUGACCAUUCCUGUCGGGGCUACCAAUAUUGACAUCAAACAGCGUAGCCAUAGAAACAUCACACACGAUGGAAACUACCUGGCGGUCAAGCGAGAGAGCGGUGGCUACAUACUGAAUGGUAACUUCUCUGUGUCCACGGUGGAGCAGGAUAUCCCUGUUCUCGGGGCUGUGCUGAAGUACAGUGGCUCGUCCACCACCUUGGAGAGAAUCCAGAGCUUCAGACAACUGAGGGAGGCCAUCACCAUCCAGUUGCUGGCCACUGCUGGGGAGGCAUUUCCACCCAAGGUCAAAUACACAUUCUUUAUCCCCAAAGAUGUGUCUUUCACUAAAUCCAAAGAGAAAAAGGCUUCGUUGCAUAUGAUCCAGGCUUUCGGUGUGCCCCAGUGGCAUUUGGGAAAAUGGUCAGAGUGCUCCAAGAGUUGCAGCUCCGGGUGGUCCCGAAGGAACGUUGAAUGCAGAGACAACGCUGGUUUCCAUUCCAAUACCUGCGAUAAGGACCUGAAACCCACAGAUAUCAGACCCUGUGCUGAUCUGCCAUGCCCCAUCUGGCAAAUGGGGCCUUGGUCAUCCUGUUCACGAACUUGUGGCCAGGGGGAACGCCGACGCAGUGUUGUCUGUAUAGACUACACCGGCAAGACUGUCGAGUCGGAGAAGUGUGACGCUAACAAGCAACCUGCGCCAGUGUCGGGAGAGUGUGUUUACCAAGAGUGCUAGCGAGGAGACAUGAAGACAGAGAAAACUUUGGGAGGGGUAGUGUAGUGGAUUCUUAACCGACCCGACCGUGCUUUAGAGAAAAGCAGGGAAACCCUAGUUUGGAAAUUAAGAGUGCACUAACUAACCCAGACAAGUCAUAGGACAUAGGACAACCACUAGAGAAGUUUGAACCAAUAGAGAUCUAGCUACCUCAGGAUGUACAUGUGUUUUUUUUAAAUAGACAAAGGUACUGUGUGCAAAAUAUUAUUCUCUCCUAAAAGCAAUUACUUGGCAUAAAACCUACUGACAAACACCAUUGCUGUUAAAUAUACCUCAAUUUUCCAGCAUAUAACCCAGAACUAUACAGUCAGAGACUCAGAGCCAAUAAAUGAACUGGGCUAAUAAAGUUAUAAUAUAAUAAUAAUAGUUAGUCUAAAGGCAUACUAUUCCUACCAUAACAUGUGACAUUAUCAUUGCAAGACAAUGACUUACAGUGCGUAUUAUUUUUGAGUAAAAAGGGUUUGUGUAAAACAGUUGAUUAGGUGGACAAGAUGGAAAACUUUGUAAAAUACCUUGCUUGUGAAUACCUUGCUUAUGGAUACCUUGCUUGUAAAUACCUUGCUUAUAGAUACCUUGCUUAUGGAUACCUUGCUUGUGAAUACCUUGCUUAUGGAUACCUUGCUUGUGGAUACCUUGCUUGUGGUUUGCUCUUUUGUUUAAUUUCCUUGGGAAAAACAAGUAUUUUUCUAAAUGUGAGAUUAUGUUAACUGCCUGUAAAAAAUGUGUCAAAGAAUCUAUCUGCUAUCUUAUUGCUGAUUAAUGAUUUGUGGAACUGAUAUGCUUAAAGAUGAAAAUGUAAAUUCACCCAUAAUCAUUCAAAUGGUACAGGUGAUUAGGUCUGCCAUUGACUAAUCUCUGGUGGGCAGACAACGUAACAAUCUGAUGCAAUUAAGCAACAUUUUAGUUUUGGGUUUUCGAGAUUAGACAUUGACAGACAUUAAAUCAAAUAAUAUACUUUGUAACAAAAAAGCAACCAGCAUUAAUUAGUGGUAAGAAUGAAACAGACAUUUUAGGGUUCCUAAAAUGAGUGUACACACUCUUUGUGUAAAAUUUAGUUUUAGCAGACCAUGGUCAGGAAUCUGAUCUGAGGCAAAUCAGUGUAACGGGGAUUUUUUUUCCACUGUUCUGUACUUUUUAUGUAGUGUUUUUAAAGGAAUUGUAAGUACAACCAAAUUCAAUAUAAACACAUGUGUGAAAUGGUAUAUUAUGGUGCAUCAAAAAUAAUUUGCAUAAAGAACAAGUCCUUUGUUUGUAAUAAUUUCAUAGUUGAUUUAAAAAUAUAUAUUAUUCAUAAUGGGAUGAAUGCUCUAUUGUUUGCCAGAUGUCUGUAUAUGUUUGAUUUCUCAUUCCAGUUUGUAUGUCAUAAAACAAAAAGGCUAAAUAUGUUAUACCUUCAGUGAAGGACCAUACUAUAUUAUUAUUAUUGUAGCUUCCUUUUAAAGCUAUUUAUUUGUAAGUUUUUACCUUGGACCUGAAAUUAUAACAUUUUCAAAUGCUGCUGUCUUUGAGAUUUAUGUCUACAAUAAAAUGGUCAAAUACAUCACAUUUUACUAUA